AUGGUAAACUCGUUACAUUUUGGUGGAGAUUUUAACUUGGGUAUAUUUGGCUAUUUGCAUCUCAAAAAUCAUCGGUUAACUACUACUUUGGAGGAUGAGGAGCAGCAUGUGACUACAGUUUCUGAGAAUUAUGAAACAACAUGCUGGGGUUGUGGACUGCGCCUUUCGCUUCCUACUUGUACAUCUGUUUUCAAAUGUGGCUGGUGUGGAGCUUUAACAAAUCCAAACAAGCAGAAAAAUGUCACUAAGGGCUGUUGGUGGAGACGGCUGUGGGAACGGUGCAUCGUUUCAUUGGUCUUUGUGUUUAUGCUCUUUAUAAUAUUUGGUGCAGUGUGGGCAGUCCUUCCCAUUGUCUUUUCUUUCAGUUUCUUUUCUGGGAUUUUUCACUCCACCAUUUCAGCAAUCUUGUCCAUAGCCACCAUUUCUUUCUUCAGCCUCGUUGCAUUUCACGGUGCUGGAUCGCCUCCAAACAUAUUAUGGGGAAGUUACCCAACUGUAGGUAGAAAUGAACUGGAAAAUUACACUUUCUGUUACUACUGUUCGAAACCUAAGUCACCGAGAACCCAUCACUGUCGAACAUGUGGAAAAUGUAUACUCGACAUGGAUCACCACUGCCCAUUUAUUGGGAACUGUGUUGGUGCAGAUAACCACCGCUGCUUCAUCGCCUUCCUCAUCUCCGCUUUGGCCGGAACCUCCUAUGCUUCUAUAAUGUCCAUAUAUGCAAUGUCCCAUAUAUGGCAAAUGCCAUCACUGACAUACUCUUUUGAAAACUUGGAUGGGCCUAUAGGCCUAUUUCCUCAAUCGAGACGUAUCGUCGAAAUUAUGAUUACUGCACUGAGUUCUCUUCUAUUCCAAUCCUCAAGGGGUGUUAUUCUUGUUUACAUAAUCAUUGCAAGUGUUUCAGUGCAGAUAGGACUGAGUAUUCUUCUGUGUCAGCAACUGUAUUAUAUUUAUGAAGGGGAAACUUACUUGGGUCACCUCAACUUGCAAGCUCAUAGCAUAGAGGCAAAGAAGGAUUGCCAAAAUCUUGUUAGAUUUUUUGGUUUCCCAUAUUCUGUAAAAAGAUUUUUGCCAAACUCUCUGCUUCCUCAGAAGAUACAUGUUAAGUGAAA